AUGGCCGCGUCGCACGCCACCACCUUUUCGUCAUCAGUUGCUCUUGUCGCCGCCUCGUCCACAACUAUCGACGGACGGCGUCGAUUCGACCGCCAAGACCCCUGCGAUAUCAGUGUGCACCGUGCCUGGGUGGCUCUUAUUGUGAACGAGUUUUGCUUGCUCAUCAGCCGUGGAGCGCCCGUGCGUUUGGCCGUGAACGAGUCAGACGCGUCCGCGUCGUUCGUAGCACAGGCCACGAGUACGCAACGCGGCUUUCUGCAGGCUGUAGUGGUGGACCGCCUUCGCUUUGGCGACUUUGUUGGCAUGGACCUCAUGUUGUCCCAGUGGGAACGCUACUCACUGUACCAUUCGGCCAUUGACUGGAGGAUGGAGUCCCUGGACGUGAUUCAGCCGGUUGAGUCUCGAGACCUGACGGCCGCUGCUGAGUGCGACGACGACGGACCGCUUGUGGUCUCGAUCACUGCGACUUUGCGCGUGCAGUUUUCGCAACGCACGAUCGAGAAUGUGUUUCCGCACGUGAUGGGACACAGAGCGUUGACGCGAUUACUCAUUUGA